UUUCUCUGGUGACCGAAAUAAAAAGAGCGCUUCACCGCAGGCGAACGCUUUGAAUGCAUUUCCGGCAUUGGAGGUUCAUUUUGGGUGAGCGUUUUUUUCGGAGCCUGAACGUUCGAUGCCUUGGCUCUGAUGGACUCUGGGGUGGCUUUUGUGUGUCGUGCUGCUGCUGCUGCUGCUAUUAUUGGGCGCGAUCUUUUCUUCUGAUGGCCUUAUACCUCUGCUUUUGAACUGGCUGUGAACUGUAGCUGCAAGCUUCCCUCGCCGUGACGUGCUGGAAAUGGUUCAACAUACUCGUCCGGCAGAGCGAAGACGACGAACAGCGGAAUGUCCCAGGAAAUGUAAUGAGAUAUCACAGCAAGUGAACCCAAACCGAGCUGUGCGCUUUGUGUUGCGCUUUAAAAAUGGCCCUUCCUUCGCCGCAUCUGAUUGGUUUCUCACGCUUUCCCAGGAAAUCCACUGACCACUGGCCACACAUCAACCACCGGAGCGGGAGCCUCAGCGCCCAGCGAAGCAUAUAAUUUGCUCAAAAAGUCACGGUACUCAAUUAAUUUGAUUAUAAUCAAUUUCGUGGCUUCCAACACACACGCUUCUUCCACAGUCCAUCGCCGAGUGAGCGACUAUAAAGGUGAAGAAACGUACCUUGCGCUUGCUCACUAACUGAACCGGAUUUCAAAAACGAACAUAAACCGCAACCCGCUGCCGAAAAUGCUGAUCGAAGAGUGUCCGAUAAUUGGUGUCAAUGUGCGUGUGUGGCUGUUCUGGUCGUAUCUGCGGCGGCCGCGGUUGUCCCGCUUUCUGGUCGGCUGCAUCCCGGUCGCCGUGCUGAACGUGUUCCAGUUCCUGAAGCUGUACUCGUCCUGGGGCGACAUGAGCGAGCUCAUCAUCAACGGAUACUUUACCGUGCUGUACUUUAACCUCGUCCUCCGUACCUCCUUUCUCGUGAUCAAUCGACGGAAAUUUGAGACAUUUUUUGAAGGCGUUGCCGCCGAGUACGCUCUCCUCGAGAAAAAUGACGACAUCCGACCCGUGCUGGAGCGGUACACACGGCGGGGACGCAUGCUAUCGAUAUCGAACCUGUGGCUCGGCGCCUUCAUUAGUGCCUGCUUUGUGACCUAUCCUCUGUUUGUGCCCGGGCGCGGCCUACCGUACGGCGUCACGAUACCGGGCGUGGACGUGCUGGCCACCCCGACCUACCAGGUCGUGUUUGUGCUGCAGGUUUACCUUACCUUCCCCGCCUGCUGCAUGUACAUCCCGUUCACCAGCUUCUACGCGACCUGCACGCUGUUUGCGCUCGUCCAGAUAGCGGCCCUAAAGCAACGGCUCGGACGCUUGGGGCGCCACAGCGGCACGAUGGCUACGACCGGACACAGCGCCGGCACACUGUUCGCCGAGCUGAAGGAGUGUCUAAAGUAUCACAAACAAAUCAUCCAAUACGUUCAUGAUCUCAACUCACUCGUCACCCAUCUGUGUCUGCUGGAGUUCCUGUCGUUUGGGAUGAUGCUGUGCGCACUGCUGUUUCUGCUAAGCAUUAGCAAUCAGCUGGCACAGAUGAUAAUGAUUGGAUCGUACAUCUUCAUGAUACUCUCGCAGAUGUUUGCCUUCUAUUGGCAUGCGAACGAGGUACUAGAGCAGAGCCUAGGCAUUGGCGAUGCCAUUUACAAUGGAGCGUGGCCAGACUUUGAGGAGCCGAUAAGGAAACGGUUGAUUCUAAUUAUUGCACGUGCUCAGCGACCGAUGGUGAUUAAAGUCGGCAACGUGUACCCGAUGACGUUGGAAAUGUUUCAAAAAUUGCUCAACGUGUCCUACUCCUACUUCACACUGCUGCGCCGAGUGUACAACUAAACUUAACCGACAAACAAACAAAAAUCCCCUCAUCACUAUGCAAAGACAGCAAGCAGCCGAUCAUCAAACACCAUUAGCAGCCACAAAGUUACCAGCCGCUUAUCCCACGGGAUUUGGUGGAAAGUUAUUGCACUGAAGCUUAUUCACCCAAAUCUUCAUGCAAACCACUCGGAGGUUCCCUCUCAACCAACCCAUUGAAGCGAAUAAAAGUAUCAGCAACCAGACGACGGUGAAAAAACGCUGCAUUAUUGUGCUUGCUUCAGCAUUCCAGUGAAUGACUCUUAAACUUUUCCAUUCAAAAGUCGCGAUGCUCACGAUACGGAGCGGUGUGUUGUUCGAUCCGCCGAGUGCACUCGCAAGCCGGUGAUGUUGCCGGUGGAAAUGCACAGAUCGACACAGCGAUAGAUAAUCGUUUGUUCGCGUAAAUGGGAGGGAAAAAAGUAAGCUGCCAGCUACUUCAUUUCCAUGUUAAUUGAAACUCAAGCCAACGAACAUGCAGAACCCGGUUGGUUGUGUGUCUCCGCUCCGGGAAAGGUCUCUGCUCCGGGGCAUGGAUUCUUUCCCCCUCCGGGUGGUUGGGGGUAUUGUUUAGGUUUUUAUUUUACAAAUUCAUAUCCUUCCGCUUCCGCAUCAGCCGACCCGGUGGGUGCGCCAGACAGAUGUGCGGCGGGCAACAAAACUAUGCACGAACAUGGCCAACAAACACAGCUUCUAUCUCAUCUCUGUGUCGCACUGUCUCGCUUUCCCGCUGCAUUGCUUGUAGUACUAUCAUUGUUUUAGUCCACGGGUUUACUUCUAAUCCCAUUGCACCACGCAAAAAGGCUCAUCCUUUGCUCGUUCCGGUUGCAACUUCGACAAGCGCAUGGUUGGGAUACGAACAAAAAACCAACUACUCCACCCACUACUACUACUACUGCCACCACCACUAACAACACUACACUUGGUUGGGAGCUUGCAGACCCACAAGCAAACAACGAUACAAGCUAGCUAGCUGCUGUGUGCGCUCGAGUCAGCCGACGGUACAAGGUUUAACCGGUACAAGCAACUCCCGGACCGAUCCCAAAACUCUGACAAGGCACGGGCCGCAUCCGGCAGUACGGUCGGAAAACAUGGAAAUGUUUAAUUAAAACUGUAAUUGUCAAUCGCUGCUACAAGUUGUGACACAGGGAGAUAGAGAGAGAGACAGAGCGCGCCCGAUGGUGAUGGUGUAAAAGAUAGAUACAGGAAAAGAGCGAGAAACAUUGGUACGAUUUGGUGUGGUUAGCAAAUUUGAUUUCCACUGAUUUUGAGUGCAAAUUUAAUGCAUCGAAAAUUUGCCAUUCAGAGUAAAGUUGCUCGUGGACGGAUCCUUGUCUAAUGUCGCUGGAUGUAUGUGUGUAUGUGUGUGUUUGAGCUGUUGUAAGAGAAACAAAGAAAUAGACAUCAAAGUGAUGGUAAAGUAAUUUUGUCAUGCAAAUUGCAUAAUUUUAGGUGGGUGAUUAUUUUGCGCUUAAAAGUAUGCAACCCGCCAAGCAAGUGUUUGCUGUUAUGCUGCAAAAUCACAUUCUUAAUAAACUUUCGGUGCUUUUUGCACUGUUUUAUCGCCACUCA